AUCCCGGGAUGCUCCAGACCCCACCAGGGCUGCCUGUGCUGAGGGAGCAGCUGGGACUGGCUCCAGGAGCAUCUUUACCUCAGGAAUCUUUCCCUGUUCCUGCAGCACUUUGCUCUUGGCUCCAUGAUUUAGGGGGAAAAGAGGCGAUUUAGGGCAGCGAGGAAGCGAUGCCUGAGUGGAAUUCUCACAUUUCCAGCCUGAGGUGAUGGACGAGUGUCCUGGUGAUGCUUUGUGCAUCCCAAAACCCGGUUUGGAGCCUUGCCCACUUGCUUUUGGGUUGGUUUUCAUUAUUAUUAUUGUUAUUAUUAUUGUGGUUUUUUAAUUGGAAGAGGAUAGUGCCAGCGCAGGGAUGAGGAGGAGCUGGAAGGAUGGAGAAGGGAUCCUCCAUUAUGUUGCCUGUCUGGUGGAGUUGGAAUGUCCCUCAGGAUGCCCUGGCACAGCUGAGAUGUCCCCACUGUCCCUCCCAGUGACACCCAGAGCCAAGGCUGAGCUUUGAGGUGCCUGGAGAGGAGGUUUGGGAUGUGAGUUCACCCAGGCCCAGGCUCUGUCCCUCAUUCCCUGACUCCUGGAGCCCUCCUUGGACUCAUCCCCUGCCCGAUGGGACUUGGAGGAAUUUUUAUUUUUAGAAAUAAGGGUUGUGGAUUCCCAGAACGGUUUGGGUUGGAAGGACCUUAAAGCUCAUCUCCUUCCUCCCCCUCCACGGGCGGGGACACAUUCCAUUUAGCCCAGGUUGCUCCAGCCCCAUCCAACCUGGCCUUGAACGCUUCCAGAGAUGGGAAUUGGAAAGGAGUCGGAUGGGAAAUUUUAUUUAAAUUCGUAUUUAAAAAUAAACACUUGGAGCUGACAGCAGCACGGAGCGCCAGCCGGCGAAGGCAGGUUGCCACCAGCCUGCACGUGUUCCCGAUCCAGGACCUGCUUUCCACCACGGGAACUCCUCCUCCUCUUCCUCCUCCUCCUCCUCCUCCUCCCUGCUCCAGAGCCGGUGGGAAAGUCUGUGGCUGUUGCUAUUUUCUAUCUGUUAUCAAGGCCUCUUAUCACUUUGCUCUUGUCUCUGUGCCGGCUCUCCGAGCGCCCAGGGUCUCGCUCUUGGCAGCCUGGAAAAGUCCCCCCUCCUCCUUGAUUCCCUAUAUUCUUUUGCCUUUUAUUUAAUUUACCAGCUAAGCACAAAGAAUCAAGAAAAGCUUUAUUGUUCCUGCGCUGGGAGAGCCUUAAUUGGAGUGCAGUGAUCAAAUCAUUACCUGGAUAACGCCGGGGUUCCCUGGGAAUGCCGACCCUCGGCCCAGCCCUGCUGACACGGGCACGGCGCCUCAGCUCCCUGCAAGGUCCCUGGCAGCGAUGGAGGAAGGUGAGGAUGCCCCGGCAGGGGACAGGAGCCCCUCGGAGAGGGACGGGGCCGCCUCGGACUGCGAGGGCUCCGCCGAGCGCGACACCUGCAGCCCCCCCGGCAGUGAAGAGUCCAGAGAUGCUCUGGAGAGUCCCAAGGAGCCAGAGAAGCCUGAUCCUGGAGAAAACCCCCAGGAGCCAGACACCUGGAAUGGGCCAGGGCAGGAAUGCAGCAGAGAAGAGCCCUGCUGAGGGACAGGCUGCUCAGCUCGUGAUGAGCCAGCAGAGAAUUCCCACGGGGAGCUGCUGGGAAUCCUGGAUUCUUCCCUUUCCACCAGACGAGCUGGCUCUGGAGGUGCGGGAUGGGCAGAGACGGGUGCGGAGCCGCCGGAGCCUCCCCGAGGGCUUCUGCUGGGGCCCCUUCCCGGGCAGCAUCCACAGCGAGCCGGCAUCGCCGCGCCACGGCGACACGAGUCCCCCCCUGACGCUGGUGCUGGGGGACGAGAGCUGCUGGCUGUCCCUGCUGCCCCUCGUGCCUGGAGAGCCCGAUGCCAACGCUGUCAUCUACAGGAAGGACGAAGCCCUGUGGUGCCGCACGACGCGAGCGCUGCGGGAGGACGAGCCCCUGAGCGCCUUGGUGGUGGCAGAGCCACCAGCUGUCCCCAAGCACGGCGUGAAAGCGGAGCCCGCGGAGUCCCCGUACCCGGCGGCGCUGCACUCGGACAUCCAGCUGCUGCCACAGCAGGCCGGCAUGGCCGCCAUCCUGGCCACCGCCGUGGUCAACAAGGACGUGUUCCCGUGCAAGGACUGCGGGAUCUGGUACCGCAGCGAGCGCAACCUGCAGGCCCACCUGAUGUACUACUGUGCCAGCCGGCAGAGCGCCGGCGCCGGCUCCCCCGCCCUGGAGGAGAAGCCCAAGGAGACGUACCCCAACGAGAGGGUCUGCCCCUUCCCACAGUGCAAGAAGAGCUGUCCCAGUGCCAGCUCCCUGGAGAUCCACAUGCGGAGCCACAGCGGAGAGCGGCCGUUUGUCUGCCUGAUCUGCCUGUCCGCCUUCACCACCAAGGCCAACUGUGAGCGGCACCUGAAGGUGCACACGGACACCCUGAACGGUGUCUGCCACAGCUGUGGCUUCAUCUCCACCACGAGGGACAUCCUGUACAGCCACCUGGUCACCAACCACAUGAUCUGCCAGCCGGGCUCCAAGGGCGAGGUGUUCUCACCUGGAUCAGCCCUUCCUGCUGCCAAACCCCUCGCUCCUGGGCUGAGCCAGCCGAACAACACGUCCCUGCGGAAGUGCAGCCUGGGCACGUUCCUGCCCGAGGCACUGCCAGCCCUGCCGCAGCACGUGGUGCUGCCCGGCCCCGACACCGCACCGGCACCGCCCGCCUCGCCCCCCGACCCCAGGGCCGGCAAGCUCUCCCCCCCAGCCCAGCCGCAGAACGGGGAAGGCCCUUCAUCGGCAUCCUCCUCCUCUUCAUCCUCCUCCACGUCCGGCGAGCCCGUGCGCGUCAAGGAGGAGCCGGCCGGCAGCCCGGCCAGCGAGGCGGAGGCGCCGAGGAGCGGGGAGGGGGCCGGCAGCCCCGACGCCGGCUCCCGCACCUCGUCCCCCCGCAGCCUGUCCUCGGCCAAGGUCAAGUCGGAGCUGGCCAGCCCCACGCCGGGCUCCAGCCCCGUGCCCAGCGAGCCGGGGACGGGCACGGCCGGCGGCACCGUCUUCCUCCCGCAGUACGUGUUCGGCCACGAGGCCGCCGUGGUGCCGCAGGCCUCGGAGAUCCUGGCCAAGAUGUCGGAGCUGGUGCACAACCGGCUGAAGCAGGGCCACGGGGCCGGCGCGGUGCCGCCCGCCAUCUACACGGGCACGCCGGUGCCCAAGGGGGCCACCUGCUUCGAGUGCGAGAUCACCUUCAACAACAUCAACAACUACUACGUGCACAAGCGCCUGUACUGCUCCAGCCGGCAUCUGGCCGAGGACAGCCCCCCCGGGGCACGCAAGCUCAAAGCCCCCCCCGGGGCGCCCAAGGGUCCCCUCACCCCGGGGACGCUGCUGUCCCCUCCGGCGGGCAACGGGCAGGGCCCGGCAGCGGGGGACGGGGACACCGGCCGGGAUCCCACCCCGCCGGCCGCCACGCUGGAGGGCAAGGCUGAAGAGGGGGGCACCAAAGCGGGGUCCCCCGAGGCGGAGGGGGGGUCGGGGCGGUGCAGCGAGGACAGCCAGAGCCCCGGCAGCUCGGAGGGGGACGAGGACCCCAGCAAGACGCUGUGCGAGGCGUGCAACAUCCGCUUCAGCCGCCACGAGACCUACGUGGUGCACAAGCGCUUCUACUGCGCCUCCCGGCACGACCCCCCCCUGCGCCGCCCCGCCGCCCCCAAAGUGCCCUUCCUGCCGCAGCCCCUGCGCACCCGCAAGCGCCGCAAGCUCUACGAGAUCCACGGUGCCGCUCGGCGCCCCGCAGAACCCCCUCCAGCCCCGGAGCCCCCGCCCGCCGAGCCGCCCGUGCCAGCCCCUGAACCCCGCGCCAGCCCCGACGCCGAGGGUCCCAUCGACCUGAGCAAGAAGCCGCGGUGGCAGAGCGAGCUGGCACCGGCACCGGUACCGGCAGCGGCCCCGCUGCUGCCCCUGGCCGACUACCACGAGUGCACCGCGUGCCGCAUCAGCUUCAACAGCCUGGACGCGUACCUGGCGCACAAGAAGUACCAGUGCCCGGCCACGCCGCUGCAGCCCCGCACCCUGGAGCACCUGCAGAAGAUGAAGGGGGCCAUGGCCGCCCCCCUCAAGGGCCGGCUCAGCCCCGGCAGCCCCGGCGAGGGGGACCCCGAAGGAGGGGUGCGGCUGAGAGCGGCCCCGGCGGGGAGCCCCGGCAUCCCCUACCCCGGGGCGGACUCGCUGCAGCGUCACCCCAAGGGUUCCCUGCCACCGCCGGGGGCCAAGGGUCCCCUCGCCGCCUGUCCCUACUGUCCCCUCAACGGGGCCAUCAAGGGCGACCUCCUGGAGCACUUCCGAAACGCCCACGGGCUCUUCGUGGCCAAGCCGGGGCUCCCGGACGCGCUGGCCCCCGGUGCCAGCAGGACGCCCGAGCCCCCGCUGCCCGCCGCGUCCCCUCCGCGUGCCCCCCGCCUCCGCCGGGACAGCCUCACUGCCAAGGAGGGCAGGGACAGCCCCCGGCCCCCCGGCUCCCCCCGGGCCCCCGCCUCGCCCGGAGCCCCCGAGGGACUGCGGGAAGCCGCCCGCAAGCCCCCCACGCCCCCCGCCUACACGGACAGGGGCGUGCAGACCCCCCCGGCCAAGGCUGUGCCCGGCCCGGUGCCCAACGGCAACCACAGGUACUGUCGCCUCUGCAACAUCAAGUUCAGCAGCCUGUCCACCUUCAUCGCCCACAAGAAGUAUUACUGCUCCUCCCACGCCGCCGAGCACGUCAAGUAACCCCCCCAGAGCCCCCCACCACCGCUGGAGGGGCUGGGGGAUGGAGCCGGUGCCUGACACCCACCCUGUGCAGGGGUUGGGGUGAUGGAGGACCCCCCCAGGAGGCUCCACCGGGGCAGCUUCAGCAUCUGGAGCCCCAAAGUUCACCCGGGUUGGGGGUGAGGACACUGGGGGUGGGGAUCAGCCCCCACCUGUGCCCCAGGGGAAACUGAGGCAGGAGGACUGUGCAUGGCCCUGCCCUGGGGGCUGCAGGGGGCUUCUCCCCGUAAACACUGCGGGGCUGGGGUGGGGGUGUGGGGGGCACAGGCGUGGCCCCAGCCCCCCAGGAAAUCUGGGGGUGCCCCCACCUCAGAGCAGACCCUGCACGGAGGCAGCCCUGGGAGCGAGGCUGGAGCUGCCCUGGGAACUGUGUGUAUAAGUGUGUACAGAAAUAAAUAUGUCUGCUAAA